CGGCUCCGGCUCCGGCCUCCAAAGACCCUAUUUCCUCCAGGACCUGCAGCUACAGCCAGCCUUCCUACCCUCUUUAGCCAGUCACCCCAUCAUAGUGCCCCCAGUGGUUGCACACCCACAUUUAACAUUUUUCCCCAUAAUGCAACUAUUUACAGAAAACAUCUCCCCCACCUAAAUACAAGUAACGCGGGUCGUUACAGUAACAAUACAUUUUAUAGAAUCAGAAAUGUAAUUGCCAAUUUAAAUUUAGAAUUUAAAACAAAACUGAAAUAAAAGAAGAAGUAAAAUGUGGCUUUCAAAGGGAUUUUUUAUUCUCACAAUAAUGAAGUUGCAUGAAUGUGGCAAUGGUGUUCAAGUCAUAGCCAGUUCUUACCCAAAAAAACUCCUUUGGAUGAUGUGUUCCUGUGUGCGUACGAUUACCCAACUGGAGAAGUUUACAAACCACAUCGGUACACACUAUGGGAAUCUAAUUACGUUAAACAUCUUCCUCUCUUUGUGCCAGUAAAAAAGAAUGAGGAAACGGUGUAUGCAGAAGUGAAGAUAUCGGAAUUACCUCCAUCAGAAAUCGGCAAGUCACGAAAAGAAGGCACGGACCCCACGCUGUCCGAGCUCCCAGAGAAACCUGGGCCCAGAUUUCAGCGUUACCGGAAGGUUACGAUGUGUCUCGCAGUCUUGUGUCCUUUCUUACUGCUUGGCAUCACUGCCACGUGUGCCUGCCAUUUCAGCGCCCAGUGUAAGCUCUUGUCAACGUACGCUGGAGAGCAGCUCCGAGGAAGCAGCGCUGCUAAAGAGCGGCUACAAAUGAUCAACAGCAACCUGACGGCAGAAAAUGCGGACCUGGAGAGAGAGAUGCGGGAGCUGAAAAGCGAGAGAGACACGCUGAACCGAAAACUGGAGGCCAUUCUUCAGUUCAGCAAUUUUCCCGUGAAGAAGUACUGCACUGUGAAAAAUUCUGAUUCCAAAGAGAGACAUUGUUCACCAUGUCCAGAUGGAUGGAAACAGUACAACUCCAGCUGUUACUACGUAUAUCUUAGCAGCUCUUGGAAAACCUGGCCUGACAGCCGCCAGGAAUGUAUUAAAAUGGGGGCAGACCUGGUAACGAUAGACAGUGAAGAUGAACAGCGGUUCAUCAGUGAACUUGCCCCCAGCUACUUUGACCAAUGGCACGGUUACUGGAUCGGACUGUGUAAAAUUACAAGGGGAUGGUUCUGGGUGAACGGAGCUCCGCUGACCGAAGAGUUCUGGAUUAACGAACCGAAUAACGACGAGAACCGGUGCGCGUUAACAAACACGAAGGAUAACACCUUGAAGAGCUGGAGGUCUGCGUAUAGCUGGCAAAUGAGAAACCGGUGGAUCUGCGAGAACAAAGCUCUGAUAUUCUGACUUUGCAGUUUGGAAUACACUUCGAAUACAUGCAUUUUGUAACUGCAGCAAAGGAACGCAUGGUUUAUUGUUUUUUACAGCGUUCUGCUACUUUCUGACUUAUACUUCCGUGUAAAUAAUGAUCAAUAAUGAACGGACCAAGUAAAUUCCACUGUAAGAGCAGCCCGGGCGCUGCGAGGCGUUGGCGCUGCCUGCCGAGCCACCGUGCCACCCAUUUGUGGUAUUCGUGGAUAAAAUAUCAGGGUAGAGCUGAGGAUUCCUGCUGUUUGUAGGUGACAUGGCACCGUGAGCCUCAUCAGCAUGUGGCCAACAGUAAGUGUAAACCAGCAGCGUUAGUGGUACCCAGCACCCUGUAGAGGAGUCUCAUUCCCGCUUCUUGAGAACAACCUUUUGUAUUUCGGUCGCAGCCUUCGGGUAUUCUUUGAAAAUACCUCCCGAGUAGCCAUCAAUGGGAGGAGACCCAAAGGCACACACAAGACACACUGAACAUUUCAUCUCUUCAGUGUGGCCUGCAAAUGUUUGUGGAGGCAUUGGAAAAGAGCUGGAGAAGAACGCCUGGUCCCCCCACUGGUGGCUGCACUGUGGCCCUCGUAACGGGAAAGGAUUUGAGAACGGAUGAACUGGGCAAACAGAUAGGUGCUCCAAAAAUGCUGCUACUGUUCAUGAGUGAAGUUGUGAUGGAAGAAACUUGCAGUGUUCACAAGAGUGUAAUAUGGCUUUUUGGACAGCUAGAAGCAUACCGGUUAGAGCUCCUGCCUUUUGAUCCAAAGGAUGCAAGUUUGAUCCCCACCUCUGGCUGUAGAAUCC